AUGCGUAGCGGAACGUCCUCCGAAAGUCGCACGGUCAGCUACCAGCCCACGCGUCGUGAAAUUCAUGACCGUAUCCCCGCUAUCCGCGCUGAGACGUCAUCGGCAAAUCUGCGGACCUACGCGCAGGUCUCUGCUGCAGGCAAAUAUCUUCGACACAUGGCUUCGACCCCCAACAUCGCGAAACCUCCUGCGUCCUCCUUACGCCGCGCGCCCAGCGAACGCAUAUCUUCUCUCAACGUCGAGCACCCGCUCCCGUCGUCAUGGCUCGAAUCCGUAACCCAAGCCGUCCUCAGAACGAACGACGGAGCUGCGCAUAUAGGUGGUCCGAUCUCCCGUCCCUCUAGUCGUCAGUCUGAACGCCCUUUACGCGCCUUCAAGGAGAACAAAUUCCUCCUGGACGACAAGACCCUUAGACCUUCUCAGACUACUGGUCGCAGUGCGUCUGGUCUACCGCCGAGCGCUAUCCUCUACCUCCAACCCCCCCGGACGGCGCCCAGCGCCGUCAACACCGCGCACGUUACGUGCAGAUCAGCGCCGGGCUCGCGCUCCACGUCCCGCGCCGGCGAUCGCCUGCAGGGCAACGGGUCUCUGCGCGGGCGCAAAGACCGCCACGACCGAGCUCGCCGCGGAUCCCGGCCCGCGCCCACGGACCGCGUCCCGUCGCUCGCCUCUACGCGCAUCGAGAACGACGCGUGGGCGGGCAUGCACUGGCAGGACGGCAGGCGCGUGCCGCUCGCGCAGCUCGAGGACGCGUCGUACGAGGAGGCGGUCGACUCGGACGACGACGACGAGGGCGAGCUCGACCUCGCGCGCCUGCUCGUCCCGCCGAAGCGCCAGUACUCGAUCCAGAGCCUGCGCAAGCACCUGCACGUCGCGCAUGCGCAGACCCGCGCCGCUUACCCACGCUCGGAGUGGGAGGAGGAGGGCGUGGCGACGAGGGGACGCGGCCGUCGAGUAGACAUCGACGAAUCCGACGGCUACCCCACCUUUGAGCGGACGGACAGCCCGAAGCGUCGGAGGGGCUUGCCUGGGGCUUGGGGCGCCCUGGGCAACGGGAGGUAG